UACAGAUGAUAAACAUGACUGAUGAUUGUUGAGUGUGAUUAAUAUAUAACAGCUUUUUAUAGCGGGUUCGAAUGUUUAUUGUGAGUUAAAUACAGCGGCUGUGAUCAGAUAGCAGUCGGGUUUAACAGACUGAAACAUUAGACUUAAUGAAAGUGUAUUUUUGGAGUACAGAUGGUAUAAAAGUGUUAUUUGAGAUACACACUGGUUAGACUGGGAGUGAGGGGGGUUUAACAGGAUGGACUGUAUGUACACGCUUAUUUAUCAUUCUUUAUUCAGCCAGCAGAGCAUCAGAGCAACAUCCUAAAGGAGCUUCUGGAUGUGGAGAUGGUGCCGCCGUUGGUGUACCUGAGUGCCCGGACGGUGGUCAGCGAUCACGGAUUAUCAGCCGUAGGACUGAACUGCGUUCCGCGCGAGCUCUACAGGCCUCUGCUGGACGCAGCGUUGGCUCACGGCCGGCCGCUGGCUGUCGGAGAGCUGGUGCAGCGCUGGCCCGAGCGAACCCUGAGCAUCGGCGGCCGGAGGAGUCGCUGCCAGGAUCCCCCGAGCCGCCUGUGUGUCCAGGCCCUGCUGCUGGCUGUGGUCAGGGGUUUGAGCGAUAAGAGGUGUUCCCUGAAAGUGCUGGAUCUUUGCGGGCUGCAGUGUGAGGACGGUCACUCUGAAGACGCGAUGGGCGGCUGGUCCCUCACGGUGGCCCUUUGCUCCACCCUGCUGCAGGCACGAAACAUCACCUCCGCCUCCAGGGGUCACCGUCGAGACGACCGAGAGAGGAAGAAACGAGUGCUGAAGCCUGAGAGAGACGGGGACGUCGGGGUUAAACGUGACCGGGAAGGGAUGGAGAGGUGUUGGGGCGAGAAGAUGGAGUGUGUGGCUAACGGAGGGCCAGGACGAGGGACAGAGGGGGCGGAGAACGUGAAAGGAAUUCGGAGAAGGAUGGAGCUGCAGAGGAAAAAUGAAACCCAACCGCAGCUCAUUCCCAGCAAAGUGGACUCUCGUGAGGACAUUCUGGUGAACGUCAGGGCUGACCUGUUCGUAAACGGCCGGUCCUGGGAGCGGGUCCGUGCGGCGCUGAGUCUGGCCGGGCCCCUGCGGUUGCACUGUCGCUUCCUGCGGGUGGAGGAACUCCCCGCCUACUCCAUCGUUUCCCUGCUGCACCUCCUGCCCCAGGAUGAGCUGCUCGGGCUGGACGUGCGCUACUCCAGUCUGGGUGUCUCGGGUCUCGCGCUGCUGCUGCCCCAGCUGACGCCGUUUCCUCGGCUUAGCUCGCUCCGGCUGCACUACUGCAACCUGGACGUGCAGCGGUCGCGACCCGGCCAGCAGGAGGCGCUGCAGGAAGUCUCUCGAGGGCUCGGAGAGUUAAAGAGGCUGCGCAGACUGAGCCUCACUGCCCUGAGACUCCCGGGACACCUCCGACUCCUUCUCAGUUCCCUCUCGGAGCCUCUAGAGGCACUGGAGCUGCCUUACCUGAGCCUGACCUCUAGCGACAUGGCCUACCUCUCUCACAGCCCUCACGCUUCCUCCCUCACUGAGCUGGACCUGAGUGAGAACAAGCUGGACGAGUCCUCCCUGCAUUCCCUGCGACAUCUCCUCUCCCGAGCUAAACGGUGCCUCACACGACUCUCUCUGUGCGGAUGCGGACUGUCGGACGGCCCUCUAGGGUCAGUGCUGCCCUCUAUGUCGCAGUGCCAGGUCCUCCAGAGCCUACGACUGGCGCUGAACCCGCUGUCCAGGGCGGCACUGGUAGAUCUGGCUCGGGCUGUAGCCGGCAUCCACUCUCUCAGGUUACUCCUUCACCCGAACGCGCUGGAGGACUAUGAGCCAGGGCUGCCUCCUCUGCCCUCCAGCGCUCAGCUUCUUGACUGGCCCCUUAACGAGGGCUCGGAGAUCAGGGACGUGACACUUAUGCAGCUGGAGGAGGUUUUGAGGGACGAAGGACGGAUAGGUGACCUCCUAAUGACCUCAGAUCUGCUGAAAUACAGCACUGAUCUGGCAAUGGAUGAUUAAAGCAAUAAUAGUUCAGCCAAAAUAUAUUUUUACACAGUUUGUUACCUGUAAAUUAGCCACUGUUGCUUAUUAAUGUUGCUAUACUAUAUGCCCAAAAGUAUAUGGACAUCUAUGCGAUCUCUUCAGUCUUCAGCCACUCUUCUGGGAAGCUUCUCUCAAGACAAGUAUGUCUGUGGGAUAUUCUGCCCAGUCAGGCAAAAGAGCGUUUGUGCAGGCCACUGGAGUUUCUUUAAACCGAGGUUUUCUUUAUACACAGGGACACAGUAAUACUAGAACGGGAAAGAGCCUUCCCUAAACUGUUGCUGCAAAGUUUGAAGCAUGUAAUCUCAUUUAUAUAAAUGAUUGAUCAAUGUAA